GGACAGAUGUCUGGCAAUAACUGCACUCCUGUGACUGAUUUCAUUAUUUUGGGGUUGACAGAUGAUCCAGUCUUAUGUGACAUCCUGUUUGUGAUAUUUCUAGGUAUCUAUGUUGUCACAGUGGUUGGUAAUCUUAGCAUAAUCAUAUUAAUCAAAAAUAGCUCCCAGCUUCACACGCCAAUGUACCUUUUCCUCAGUCACUUGGCUUUUGUCGAUAUCCUGAUUUCUUCAUCUGUCACACCUCUCAUGCUUAUGAACUACCUUGAGGACAUAACCUUAAUCCCUUUGGGAGGCUGUUUGGCCCAGAUGUUUUGUGGAUGCACCUUUGGGACUUCUGAGUGCUUCCUGCUGGCUGUGAUGGCCUAUGAUAGGUAUGUGGCCAUUUGUAGCCCCCUACUUUACUCCACCAAUAUGUCUACUAGCGUCUGCACUAUGUUACUAACCAUAUCCUACCUAGGUAGUUGUAUAAAUGCUUGUAUCUUUACUGGUUGCUUAUUGAAUCGGUCCUUCUGUGGAUCUAAUGAGGUUAAUCACUUUUUCUGUGAUUAUUCACCACUUUUGAAGCUUUCCUACUCCCAAGAUGAUCUUGCUGAAGUUCUUCCUGCUGCCUCUGCUGCAACAAUACUUAUGGUAACAGUGUUAGUUAUCAUAAUUUCCUAUGUAUAUAUCCUCUUCUCUGUUUUGAAGAUAAGCUCUACUAAGGGGAGAUCCAAAGCUUUCUCAACUUGCACUUCCCACCUCACAGCAGUCAUUCUGUUCUAUGGAACCCUUACUUUCAUUUAUGCAAUGCCUAAAUCCACCUAUUCAACAGAUCAGAAUAAAGUAGUGUCUGUUUUCUAUAGUGUCAUGAUCCCCAUGCUGAAUCCCCUGAUCUACAGUCUAAGGAACAAUGAAGUAAAAGGGGCCAUGAAAAAACUGAUGAGUAGAAAAUACUUUUUAUCAUGA